AUGUGCAGCCAUGAGGAUAGCAGUGAGGAGGAUGGAGGGGAGGAAGGUGACGGAGAGUCAGGUGAAGGUGAAGCUGUGGAGAGUGAGGGGGAUGUCAUCCCUAGUGCAUGUGACCCCCAGCCCCUCCAAGAUAGCUACCCUGAGACAUAUCAAGUGGUGCUACCUUCUAGUGAUGGUGAGGAGGACCCGGCCAGUGGGGGUUUGCUGAGAGCCAUCAUACAGCAGGAGUCGCCUACCCGCUUGGAGGAUUUAGCAUUUGCCUGGCUCCCAUCCCUGCAGUGUGUCCGCCAUCGCUCCAAAGCUGUCACCCGUCACAACAGGGCCACUCAUUUUGAGCGGCAGAAGAUUUUGGCACUUACCGAAUACAUUGCACCCAAACCAGCUGUCAGUGAAAGCUGUGUGAAACCAAAGGUCCAAAAAGAUGACGGGGUCAAGGACAACUUACUGGAGAAGUUUCUGUGCUCUCAGCUGGAGAAUAUCAUCCAGGAGAAUAAGAUGUUGGCCGUGUUCCAGCGCAAUGCCAUUGGCGCUGACGAUUUUUUACACCUGAAACACAGACUCCACAAACAUGAGAUCUACAUUAAGGUUUUCCCUCUCCAGGUUAUCAGAAAGGUUCUAGACCAGUCCCACCUUCAGGAAUUGUUACCAUUGUUUUAUGGGCAGACAUUCCUGGUAGUGAGCCCACACACUCGAGUGAAGGAGAUGUUACAGGCCAUACGGGCCGCACCACAAAUACAAUUUCUUGGAGCCUGUGUCGAGAACAGACUACUGAGCAAACAAGGUCUUGUAAACUAUUCCAAACUGCCUAGCAAGGAAUUGGUGCAGGGCCAGCUCGCAGGAACGCUGACAAUGCUCACAGCCCAAACCGCCAAUCUCCUGACUCAUCAUUCUGCACAGUUAUGCGCCAUGCUAGAGCAACACGGAAAAGAAGAAGGUAAAGAAGCAAAGGAUAACUGAUAAAAACCCAGUACAUUGAUAGGACUCUAUAAUAAAAAAAAUUAAAAAAUAA